UGGCUGGGCCCGGGCCCCGCCCCCUCAGGCCCCGCCCUGCUCCCGUGCGCCGAACGCCCUAUAUCCGGGUUCCCGCCGCCUUCGCCGCCUGGCUCAUUCAGCCUUGCCGGGAGUGGUGCGAUUCCCGACCAAGAUGGCGGCCGUGGGGCGAGUCGGCUCCUUCGGUUCCUCUCCGCCAGGAUUAGCCUCGACUUACACGGGCGGCUCCUUGGGCAACGAGCUGGCGUCGGGCAACGGCAGCGCCGCAGCAGGCGACGACGAGGACGGGCAGAACCUUUGGUCCUGCAUCCUCAGCGAGGUCUCCACCCGCUCGCGCUCCAAGCUUCCCGCAGGGAAGAACGUGCUGCUGCUGGGUGAAGAUGGAGCUGGAAAAACAAGCUUAAUAAGAAAAAUUCAGGGAAUCGAGGAAUACAAGAAAGGAAGAGGAUUGGAAUAUUUGUACUUAAAUGUGCAUGAUGAAGACAGGGAUGAUCAGACAAGAUGUAAUGUAUGGAUCUUAGAUGGAGACCUGUACCACAAAGGUCUCCUUAAGUUUUCACUAGAUGCCAUCUCCCUGAAGGACACUCUAGUUAUCCUCGUUGUUGAUAUGUCAAAGCCUUGGACUGCUUUGGAUUCUUUACAGAAAUGGGCAAGUGUUGUUAGAGAACAUGUCGACAAAUUGAAAAUCCCUCCUGAAGAAAUGAAAGAAAUGGAACAAAAGCUGAUUAGAGACUUCCAAGAAUAUGUAGAGCCAGGAGAAGAUUUCCCAGCUUCUCCACAGAGAAGAAAUACCACAUCACAGGAAGACAAAGAUGACAGUGUAGUUUUACCUCUGGGUGCGGAUACACUUACACAUAACUUGGGCAUUCCAGUACUAGUAGUUUGCACAAAGUGUGAUGCCAUUAGUGUAUUGGAGAAAGAACAUGACUACAGAGAUGAACAUUUUGAUUUUAUUCAGUCACAUAUCCGGAAGUUUUGUUUACACUAUGGUGCAGCACUUAUUUACACUUCAGUAAAAGAAAACAAAAAUAUAGACUUAGUAUAUAAAUACAUUGUUCAGAAACUGUAUGGCUUUCCCUAUAAGAUUCCUGCUAUUGUUGUGGAAAAGGAUGCAGUAUUUAUUCCAGCAGGGUGGGAUAAUGAUAAGAAAAUUGGAAUAUUGCAUGAAAAUUUUCAAACAUUAAAAGCAGAAGAUAAUUUUGAAGACAUCAUAACUAAACCUCCUGUGCGAAAGUUUGUGCAUGAGAAGGAAAUUAUGGCAGAAGAUGACCAAGUAUUUCUUAUGAAGCUUCAGUCCCUUUUGGCAAAGCAACCACCAACUGCAGCUGGAAGGCCUGUGGAUGCCUCACCAAGAGUCCCAGGAGGCUCCCCUCGAACACCAAACAGAUCUGUGUCAUCCAAUGUUGCCAGUGUGUCACCCAUCCCUGCUGGGUCAAAAAAAAUUGAUCCAAACAUGAAAGCUGGAGCUACAAGUGAAGGUGUCCUGGCAAAUUUCUUCAAUAGUUUGUUGAGUAAAAAGACUGGCUCUCCUGGAGGCCCUGGUGUUGGUGGUGGCAGCCCUGGAAGUGGGGCUGGAGGUGGAAGCAGUGGUUUACCACCAUCUGCCAAAAAGUCAGGCCAGAAGCCUGUCCUAGAUGUUCAUGCAGAACUAGACAGAAUUACACGAAAACCAGUUACAGUUUCUCCUACAACACCUACAUCUCCUACAGAAGGAGAAGCUUCUUGAAGAUACCAAAUAAAGCCAUUUAUUCAGUUUUCUGGGAUAAUGUAAA